AUGGCAAGAAAGAAAUCAGCGGCCAAAAAGGCUAAGGAAGCUGCUUUGAAAGAAAAAAAUGAAACACCUCCAACCAUCGCAAAAUCUGACACCAACCUUACCAAUGUAAAUAAUGAAAGAAAACAACAAAUACAAUCAGAACCACAAACACAAGAUAUUGAUUCAGAUAGUGAAUCAACAACAUCAGAAGAAGAAGAUGAGUACGGAGACUUGAUAACGGAUGAUGUAGAAGAUGGAAUAAAUAAGGUUUUAGAAGCUAUAAAAUCUAAUCCAAAUAAAUUACUAGAUCCAAACGUCAAAUUUUUUAAUGAACCAUCUAUUGAUUCAACUUCAAGCAACAAAUCCAAAUCUGAGAAACCAAUAUAUUUAAAAGAUUAUCAUAGACAAAAUUUAAUUGAUGGAAGUUAUAAAGAAUUUGACGAAAGCGAAACUGUAGAUGGUGGGAAAUCAUUUGCAAGCGAGCAAAGAGAAGAUCGUAAUAAGUUAUUGGACGAUAUAAAAAACGCAUUUAACGAAGAUGAAGAUGAUGAUGAAGAAGACGAUGGAUUUAUGAAGAAAAAAACAACACCUUCCGAAGAAAAAUCACAAAUUGAAAAAACUAAAGAAUUACCAGAUCCAGAAAAAGAUCAAAAGGGAUUUUUAUCAGCAUUUUUAGACCAAAAGGCAUGGAUACCACAAAAGGGUGACAAAGUAAUAAAUUUAGAUAAAAUAGAUCAAAAUGAUGAAGAAGAAUUUGAUGAUGCUGUUGAAGAUUUUGAAAAUGCUUAUAAUUUUAGAUUUGAAGAUCCAAAUUCAACUGAAAUUAUAUCAUAUGCAAGAAAUCAAGCAACUUUAAGAAGAUCAAAUACAAAUGUAAGAAAAAGAAAAAGGGAAAAAGAAAAUGAAGAAAAACAAAAAGAGGAAAAAAUAAAAGAAGAAAAAUUGAAAAAGAAAAAAAUAUCAAAAUUAAAUAAAGUUAUUGAUAGAUUAUCAAAGAUUAAAGAAGCUGUUGGAGAAGAUGUAGAUGAUGCUGUGAUUCAAAAAGUUUUUGGUGAUUCUUUACUUAAUGAUGAUUUUGAUGAUGCUGAUUGGGAUAGUAAGAUGGCAGAAAUAUUUAAUGAACAAUAUUAUGGUGCAGAAGAUGCAAAACCUACAUGGGAUGAUGAAAUUAUGGAUGGGUUUGAUUAUGGAAAUGAAGAAGGAAACGAAGAUUAUGGAGAAGAAGAACAUGACAAUGAAUUUGAAGAAGAACCACCUAAGAAAAAAUCAAAGAAAGAUCAAUUGAAAGAUAAAAAAUCUGCCAAAAAGGAGAAAGAAUUAAUAAAACAAAAAGCUCAAGAAAUAGUAGAUUCAAAUACAUUAAAAAUUCAAGAAGAAAUAGAUGAAGAACAAGAAUCAGGAAGAGGUAGAUCAAAAUCUAAAAAUAGCGUUGAAAAAUUUAAAUAUAGAGAAGUAUCACCAGAAACAUUUGGAUUAACUACAAGAGAUAUAUUAUUAGCAGAUGAUAAACAAUUAAAUAAUUUAAUUGGUUUAAAAAAAUUUGCACCAUAUAGACCAAAAGAAUUAAGAAUGAAAGAUAAACGAAAAUUAACUAAAUCUAAACAUCUUAAAGAAUGGAGAAAAGAAACAUUUCAAAAUCUACAUAUACCAGAGGAUGCUAAAGAUGAUGAAAUAUGGAUACCUAAUGAUCAAAGUGAGGAACAAAGUUCUAGAAAAAAAUUUAAAUUGAAGGAUAGUAAAAAGCAUAAGAAGCAUAGUAGUAGAAAAGCAUAA